AUUAAAAACUAGUGACUUCAUCCGUGCAUUGGCACCCCUGUGUCAACCUAACCUCAAAAACUCAUGUGUUUUAAAUAUCAAUAAAUGUGUUUUUGAAAACCGCAAAAAUGACGAACGACCAUGCAGAAGCCGACACAAGCCAGAAAAAGUCUCACCGGGAGCGCCACGCAGGUCGUAAAGCGCAGAAGAAAAAAGACAAGAAGAAGAGCCCCAUAGAGGAGCUUUCUGAUAAGCAGCGGAACCCCAAAGCCUUCGCUUUCAACUCGGCGGUUCGUGCUGAGCGCCGCUUUCGUCGGAAACAAGAUAUCAACACCAAAAAACAGCACAUUCCUUUAGUGGAUCGGACGCCUCUAGAGCCCCCUCCGAUUCUAGUAGCUGUGGUAGGCCCCCCAAAAGUCGGCAAAAGCACAGUUAUUAACAACCUCAUCAAACUAUUCACGAAAUCGCCCCUCGUCGAAAUCAAAGGCCCCGUUACCAUAGUCACCGGAAAGAAGCGCCGCAUGACCUUCAUAGAAUGCAACAACGACAUAAACAGCAUGAUCGACUUGGCGAAAAUUGCCGACUUGGUCCUCCUUUUGUGUGACGCCAGUUUCGGCUUCGAGAUGGAAGUCUUCGAGUUUUUAAACAUCUGCCAAGUGCACGGUAUGCCGAAAAUCAUGGGGAUUCUCACCCACUUAGACAUGAUUAAAAACGCAAAAACGCUGAAAAACACGAAAAAAGUACUGAAACAUAGGUUCUGGACGGAGGUUUAUCAAGGUGCAAAGCUAUUUUACUUGUCGGGGAUUAUUCACGAUGAAUAUUUACGUAACGAAAUAAAAAAUUUGGGGCGUUUCAUUUCUGUAAUGAAGUUCCGCCCACUGACCUGGCGCACCACCCACGGGUAUAUAUUGGGCGAUAGGUACGAAGAUCUAACCAAUCAGGAAUUAAUACGGAAAAAUCCGAAGUGCGAUCGAAGUAUUUCGCUGUACGGGUAUAUACGGGGUGUCCCCAUUAAAAAAGAUACGUGGAUACAUAUUGCCGGUUUGGGUGAUGUGAAGGUCCAAGAUGUGUCGUUUUUGCCGGAUCCUUGCCCUUUACCUGAACAAAUCAAGAAAAGAGCUUUGGUGGAAAAGGAGAAGUUGAUUUAUGCCCCUUUUUCUGGAGUAGGGGGUAUUGUGUAUGACAAGGACGCCGUAUAUGUGGAUUUGGGGGGUUCACAUAGUCACAAUAGACGAAACGAAGACGAAACUGAUAAUAUCGUUACGGGUUUGAUUGACAGCGAGAAGCCUCUAGACGUCAAGAUGGCGCAUUCGAAGAUACAGAUUUUCUCAGGCGGGAAAGAACUGACGGCGCAGGACUUGGAAGAAAGUGAAGAAGAAGGCGAGAAACAACUGUACGAAAAGAAGGAACGGGAGAAGAAGAAAGAGGAAGAUUUGGAGGGGGAGUUAGAGGAACUGAGGGGGAAAUUUGGGGGAUUCAAAGAAGAAAAAGUUGAAGAUUCGGGAAGAGUAAGAAGGAAGGUUGUCUUCGAAACGGGGGAUGAGGAAUUGGCGAAAGAUUUGAGCGAUGAAGAUGAAGAUGGGAGUGACGAAGACGGGGAAAGCGAUGAUGAGGAUGACGAUCUUCAAGGGGACGAAGAAGAUGAAGAUUCGUCUGAGAUUAUAGUCACUAAAAACAACAAAAGUAAGAAAGAAGAUGUGAAUGAAGAACCUGAGAAAAUUUCUGGAGAGAAGAAAAGUGACGUUUUUUCAAAAGUCAGUAAUAUAUUGAAGAAGCUCGACGAUAAGAAGAAACAGGAACAAAGCGAUGAAGAUACGUCAGAAGAAUCAGAUGAAGAUCUCUCUGGUGCAGAAAGUGACAAUGACAGUGAAGAAGAACUAGAUGACGAAGGCGCGGAAAAUGAAGACAAUAGUGAAGAAGAGAAACCAAGUGAAGAGGUAGAGGAAGAUUCAGACGACGAAAUGGAAGACGAUGCGGUAAAAUGGAAGGAGAAUUUGGCAGAAAAAGCCCAAAAUGCCUUCUUAGAGAGGCAGAGUGCCACCCAAAACUUAAUGAAACUAAUUUACGGCAUCUUCGACGUGAAAACGCACCCACAAGAAGAAUCUCCAGAGGAUGAAGACCAAGACGACGAAGAAACCAUUGGUGGUCUCUUCAAAAAAGCCGCCAAAACCCAACAAAAACUCAAACUCGACAAAGACACAAUGAACCUCACCGAAACCUCCCUAAUCCUCCCGUGGAACGCCCCCACUAAGAACUGGCUCGACGAGCAGAACAAGCUCCUCAUAGCCAACUGCUUCGUCACCGGUAAAUGGAAAGAGUCUGAAGAUGCCGCCGAACUGUUGAAACUGGACGAUGCCGAAGAUCUAGACGACGAAGACGUGUUUGGCGAUUUUGAAGAUCUAGAAACGGGCGAGAAACAUUCGGCGCCGAAGCGUCCACGACCUAACGAAGACGAAGCAGACAAAGAAGCUCUAGCUGAGAAGAAGAGGAAAUUGAAGGAGAAGUUCGACGAAGAAUACGACAACAGUGAGAAGAAUACGUUCUAUGACGAUUUGAAGCAGAGCGCGGAGAGGCAAGCGCAGCUGAAUAAAACCGUGUUCGAGAACAUGGCCGAUGAUAUCCGAGUCCAGAUCGAGGGGUUCCGGCCGGGGAUGUACGUGCGGAUCGAGGUACAAGACGUACCGUCGGAAUUCGUGACGAAUUUCGAUGCCACGUAUCCGCUUUUGAUUGGAGCGUUGAAUAUGGGGGAGGAGAAUGUGGGUUACGUGAACGUGAAGAUCAAGAAGCAUAGGUGGUAUACGAGAAUUUUAAAGACCAAUGAUCCUCUUAUUAUUUCUUUGGGGUGGAGACGGUUUCAAACGAUACCCUUGUACUCAAAGCUGGAAGAUGAUUUGAAGUUUAGGUACUUGAAGUACACCCCUGAGCAUUUAGCGUGUAAUGCGCAUUUCUGGGGGCCUAUUACGCCACAAGGUAGCGGUUUUUUAGCGCUUCAGUCGAUCGAGUCAAAUCCAGAGAUCUUGAAAAAACAAGGCUUUCGCAUCGCCGCCACUGGAGUCGUCCAAGAACUAGACAAGUCGACCCAAAUCAUGAAAAAACUAAAACUAGUAGGAUACCCCUUGAAGAUCUACAAGAAAACCGCCUUCAUUAAAGGGAUGUUCAAUAGUGCCUUAGAAGUAGCCAAGUUCGAAGGAGCUCGCAUUAAAACAGUCUCGGGCAUACGGGGUCAGAUUAAAAAAGCCGUCAGUAAACCGGAAGGUAGCUUUAGGGCCACUUUCGAAGACAAAAUAAUGUUGAGUGAUAUUGUGUUCUGUCGGACUUGGUAUAAAGUGGACGUGCCUCAGUUCUACAACCCCGUAACGACGUUAUUGUUGCCCCCUGAGACAAAAAAUUCGUGGAAGGGGGUUAGAACUACCGGCGAGAUUAAACGGGAGAAAGGAAUACGUAGCGCACCCAAUCAGGAUAGCUUAUAUAAGCCAAUCGAAAGGAAAGAACGGCCGCUUAAACCUCUCGUUAUUCCGGGUAAGUUGCAAAGGGCGCUACCGUAUAGGGAUAAACCGAAGCACGGGGUGAAGGCGGCGGAUAGGAAGAAGGGUCUGGAUAGAGUGGCUGUGAUUAAGGAGCCCUACGAACAAAAGGUUUCAAGUUUGAUGAAGAUGGUGAAGACGAAUUAUGAACACAAACAAGAGAAGCUUAAGUUGGAGAUGAAAGAGCGUGUAGAGAAGCAUAGGGAGGCGGUGGAGGCGCAAGAAACGGUGAAAGAGAAGAAGUUGAAGCAGAAGAAGAAAGAAGUGUUUAGGGCGCGGAGUAAAGCACAAAAGAGUAAAAGUUGAUUUGUUUUAGUUUUAAGAGAGAAUAAAAUUUGUUUUU